AUGGCCUCCGUGGAGGCGCUGCUGCGUUUGCCCACAGAUGAGGUUCAAUCAUGUCCUCCUAUUAUUGCUGACGAGGAUGUUUCGCUUGUCCUUCAUGAGAUGAAGACAAUCCUGCGCAAGUUCCUCUACGCCGCAAGGUACGCGUUGGUGCCCCCGUUUUCCGUCUUUCUUCACCUCUUGUUGCAACCGGCUAUUUCAGAGUGUCAGGAGCUCCCGCAGGCACUUUUGGCGCCUGUUGAAGAAGGCCGUUGCAUCGACCUCUUGGCAGACAUCUGCGGCACACUGUUGAGGCUGGAACAGCACACAUUCCGUGGCAAGGUCAAUAUGGAUGCAUUUUUUGAGCUCAUUCAACAACUCUGUGCCUCUGCGACGCUGAAGGAUCCUCUCGGUGUGGUGCUGAUGCCGUGUUUUUUGACCUUUCUCCACGUUGCUGUGGAAAGUGAAGACGACUACCGUCAAUGCCGUGCCUGCGCGAGUGUGCUCAUCACGCUCAUCCGCGGGUCGAAGGCAAACAAGAAUCGGAUGAGUGUAGAAUGUGGUCACAUUGGCGAGGCCUUGACAAAGUCGAACGAUAUCUUUUUUCAAAUGCAAUGCGUUGAGAUGUUGUUUAGGCUCUACACACACAACCGUACAGUUUUGUCAACUUCAACGCUACCUGAGUUUUUCAAGAAGGGUGUGGCGGAGCUUCCCAAUGACGCCAAUCUCUUAACAAGUAUUCAAACCUUGCUUGACGUCUAUAACAUGGAAUGCUCUAGCUUUGAACGACUGCAGUUUACGGCCCUUCUUAUUGAGGCGGGCGGUGUGGAGGUGUGUGGCUACACAAGCAUAUACUUUUCCCCAUUGAUUCUCGUCAUUAUGAUUCCAGGGUGCUCUGGGGAUAACAUUACUAUUCCGUACGAACACAUUCGUUCAGUAAAGCUUUCAAAGGAGCGGAAGCUUGGCCUUCGCCUGCACGUUAUCCCUGUAAGACUCUCCCAUGUCAUGAGUCAUGGGAAUGACAAAGAACCGCUGAUGAUUUCCUUGACGCAGUCAACUUUUAGUGCUAUACGAUCAUCUGGGAUUCACGAGUGGAUUGCUGAGAGGAAACGUCGGGUGCCGUUCAGUCGUAUUCGACAGCAGCUAGAUGAAGCAGUGUUGCCAACUCUGGCAGCACCAGCUGCCGUAGUUGAGGGUUCUCAUUCCAGAACAGUCUCAGUACAGGGCACCGAGCUAGUUUCGGAGGAGAAUGACCAUUUUAUUUCUCUUCCUGUCAUGCGCGAGGCCGCGGAGAAACUUUUGCCCAAUCAAGAUGAUGUGAAUAUACGGCAGCAACGGAUCUGCUCCCGACUCUCCUCGUCAAAUGGAAGACAAACACCUGUUAAAGUGAAGAAUAAGAACGAGGAGGCAAAUGAGGUGGAGGGGCAGGCGCUUCGUCAGUUGCACGAGGCCGCUUCAUUUAAGGUGGCGCGAAUGCGACAAGAUUGCCAGGUUGAACUUCAGCGCGCUGUGGAUUUCAUGCAGGAGGAGGUGGAUAAAAUGCGUCGGCUGAAUGCACGCGAGCGUGACGAGUUUGAGGCCUUUGUGCGAGAAGAUUUAAUAGCUGUGCGGCAGUCUGAGGCCCAGGUAAAGGCGCGUGCCGCGGAAUGCGUGCAGUCGCUUAACCAAGAGUUAACGGAGAUUCAGGCGCUAAGCGAGUUGCUGAAGGGUGAAGUGGACAGGCUGCGAGAAAACCUCUCGGGAGCUCUCAAACGCUCCGAGUCUGUGGAGGAAGAGUCACUGGUUCGACUUAAAUCGAUGGUGGAUGAAGACAUGAAAUCCAUGGGGGAGACUUUGUUGCACUUGGUGGCAUCGACAAACCCACUCUCCUUCCUGGCAAACUACCUCACGCGAAAGUUAGACAGCAGCGAAGCAUAG